CCUGGGCCUCCAGCUUCUCUCCUUUUCCUGCGGUCUUUCCUCUAAACCGGCUUUUCACUUACUUAACGUGGGUCACCCUUGGCCCCUGGGAAGUUGAAGGAAGGACCCCAGUGUGGUGUGGAGAAAUCCCUUAACCAUGGAUGUGUUCAUGAAGGGACUUUCAAAGGCCAAGGAGGGAGUUGUGGCUGCUGCUGAGAAAACCAAGCAGGGUGUGGCAGAAGCUGCAGGAAAGACAAAAGAGGGUGUUCUCUAUGUAGGUUCCAAAACCAAGGAAGGAGUGGUUCAUGGUGUGACAACAGUGGCUGAGAAGACCAAAGAGCAAGUGACCAAUGUUGGUGGAGCAGUGGUGACUGGUGUGACAGCAGUUGCCCAGAAGACAGUGGAAGGAGCUGGGAACAUCGCAGCCGCCACUGGCUUUGUUAAAAAGGACCAGCAGGGCAAGAGUGAAGAAGGAGCCUCACAGGAAGGAAUUCUAGAAGAUAUGCCUGUGGAUCCUGACAAUGAAGCCUAUGAAAUGCCUUCUGAGGAAGGGUAUCAAGACUAUGAACCCGAAGCUUAAGAAACACAUUUGCUCCCAGUUUCUUGAGAUCUGCUGACAAAUGGUCCAUCCUGUGCAAGUGCUCAGUUCCAAUGUGCCCAGUCAUGACAUUUUCUCAGAGUUUUCACAGUGUGUUUUGAAGUCUUCCAUCAACGGUGAUGACUUAUCUAUACCUGUCCCCACCCAGCAUUUCGGUGCUUCCCUCUCACUGAAGUGAAUAUAUGGUUGCAGGAUCCUUGUGUGUUGUGGAUGUUGUGGCUUCAAAUCUAAAAUGUUAAAAAAAAAAUUAAAAACACCUAAGUGACUGCCACUUAUUUCUAAAUCUUCACUAUUUUUUUUUGCUGUUGUUGAAAAGUUGUGAGUGAUUUGCUAUCAUAUAAGAUUUGUAGGUGUCUUUCAAUGAUUUUUCUGUCUAUGAAUAAUGGUGUGUUGUGAAAUUUGUUAAUACUUACAUUAUAUAAAGAUGUGAGCAUGAAUCUAUGCACCUAUAAAUAUUAACUAUGAAAUUUUA